CUGAGGGAGGCGGGGGCGGGUUAGUUUCCAGGUCCAAUACAGCAAAAGAUGGGGGAUGAACCUCCCAAAGAUGAUGAGGCGGUGGAAUUACCUCCUUGCACGGUGUCAGAACUGGUUUCCUCGGCUGAGAAUUUUAUCAAGCAGCAGAAGAUGUCCCUCAAGGAAGCCCAGUACUCUCUCGCCCUCGCCCUAAAUACCAUAGAUGCCAACUUGGAAAUGGAAGCAAGUUCCCCAGAAGGCUCCAUGGUCAUCGAACCCAAAGAUUCUACACUGUGGGAUUCCAAAGACACAGACAGGACAGAGAGCGAAGCAAGCAAGGAGCCGCCCAGCGCCAGGCCACUGUCACCGGCCGACGAGGAAACGGAAUGUUCAGAUGAAGAAUACUUCGAGGUCCCCGAGCCAACGAGAGUGGAGCCUUACCUGCUGCUCAUCCGGAAUCGGCUCCCUUACCUGUCGGCUGCCACCAUAAUGAGGAAAGUCGAGAACAACGAGAUAAAGCUAAGGCUUCACCUCCUCUCCAACAUGCCCAUGGAUGAUGAACUGAAAAAAUUUCUGGAGAUGUUAGCUCGGGACGACCCCUGGGUGAUUCCAGAAAGACAUUUCCCGUGUGAAGCUUGUCCGCCAGUGAUAUUGCCUGAAGAAACUGAGGAGCAGCGAUCGAAGAAACCAGUUCAGUUGCGUGAUGAAAGAGGCGUACCAGAGCCUGAAGAAGUUGAAUAUGAAAUUCCAUUAGUCUCUGUUCAUGACGUGAUUAAAGCCGUAGUACCAAUUAAUGUGGAGGGCUGGUGUGACAGGAUGUGGAAUGUAAUAAAGGAAAAGCGUGGGUGAUUGCCUUUUUCAGAUGA